CCCUCUCACCGACCUGCUUCCGCUCCUGCUCCCGUUUGUGUUCAGGCCACUCCAGUUCCUCCCCAGGAGUCCUGGACCCAGUCGACAUUAGGGUUACCACUCACAGCCUUGGAAUACGUGGAAUUCUUUAAACAUCAGGUGCCAGAGAACCGAACACAGAAAGCUUGUGGGGUACGAAUGAAGUAUGGCUGUGAGAACCAGAUGAUUCAGGAACUUGAUAAUCUUGAAAAUAAUAAUUUGAUCCCAACAGGACCAAUCUGUACCACAGUGAAGAAUCAACCCAUCUUUCCAAACUUCUGUUCCUUUGCAAAGUACAGGUGUAAGAACAGAGUUUACUUUGACAUGCGGGUGCCUUGUCCAGAUGAUCCCAUUGAGCUUUUCAAGUCUGUCCCCAGAGUUUCAGAUGCACUCACUAGCCAAACCGAUGAUCUUAUCUUGUCUACUAAAUCUAUCGGAACUUCUGAAGAUGAAACAAAUGACCCCAACUGGUCUGAAAGUAUGGAGUUUACAGCAACAGAACAAAAUUUCCCAGAGCCUGAAGAUGUUGUUACUCCUCCAUUAAGCGCAAGUGGCUUGAAUAAUCAGAUGUUUGACUCUGAGAGUAGCAAAUCUGAAAGCUAUAAUCCUUACUCCUCUGAUGAGACAAAUGUGGCUGAAGGUGAAACAAAUGUGGCUGAAAGUGAAACAAAUGUGGCUGAAAGUGAAACAAAUGUGGCUGCAGAUGAGAAAAAUGUGGCUGCAGAGGAGACAAGUGUGGCUGUAGAUGAGACAAAUAUGGAUGCGUCCAGUGAGCUGGAGAGGCCGUCUUUAGAAUUUGGUGGGCACCCUCGGCAGCAGUUGGGCAGGCUGCUUGUGCCAGCUCAAAACCCAAGUAACCCUGAUUAUAAUCUCCUGAAGAAUCAUAAUAUACAACCACAAAAUAACCUACAGGGAUCACUUCCACUGCAUUUAUUAACAGAUGAGGCUGCAGAAGCAGAGGCAGCAGCAGCUGGAAAUGCAUUGUCAAUACAAGAGGAUGAUAAGGCCACUGAUCCAACCAGAUAUACAUCCCUGAUUCAGCCUGCUCAUAAUCCACAUAUUCCAAACCCUAUGAAGGGGGAUUUUGCAGAUCUCCUUAAAAGGAUAAAUCAACCUGGAGUUGGCACACUGCAUGACAAGAUAACAAAGGCAGUGAAUGAAGGAAACAUGGAUGAUGUUAAGAAGCUUUCAAAACAGUUGUACCAGGUGCUCAUGAAAACCAAUGGUGCACAUUAAUGUAAUUUGCCAAUGGAGGCAGGAGAGCCAGCAAACCACUUGAGAAGUUAUCCAGUAUGGUCUUCUUCUCUUCUUUGGCCAAUGAAUCGGACAACGCUGAUCUUUAGGACCAGACUAUUAGAACUUACCUGGAUUCAGCAAAGAAGAGUAAACAGGAGAAAAGAGGAGACUGACGUAAAAACAGUAAAGGUGCAGGUAAUAUGGAUCUAGAGUUAAUAAGAUGCCAGAAUUCAUCCCAAGGUCCAAGCGCAGAUGUGAUGUUGACUGAGCUGCCCAACCUGCCAAGGCCUCCUCCAUAUAAAUAUUUGAAUGACCAUAAAGUUUUGAGGUAUAUUAAAAAGUUUAUAAUCUUGAAAAUUGAAUCGAGGAACACUGGAAUGUGAAAACUGAUGAGUAAUUCACAUCAUCUGCACCAUGGCUUUUGUCUCACAGAUCUGGAGUGUAACUGUCAAGACAGGAUUCACCUCUGGAUGGGAGGUGCACAUCCUCAACGUCACACAGGGAAGUGUCUGCCAAGUAACCUGCGAAAAACAAGAACACGGUGGGCAGCCGAGUGGAGAAUGUGCUACACCAGCUGAUCAUCAGGGAAAUGGAACCAAUAAUCAGGAGACAAACCCAACUCCUUAUCUACUGUAUCUGUCGGAGUAAAAACGGCUUAUCUUAUUUAUCUGGUGCCAUUGAGUCAUAUUUAGUUUGAUAAGAAUAUAAGAAAUGUGGAGUAGCAGACUAAACACUAUUAGUUUAAAGGUGAAAUCAAAAAUACUGUAAGCUUAGAAAAACAAUCACAUUAAUUUGAUUGGCACUAGUUUUGUUUAUUCCUAUAGCUUUGAUAUUUCAAAUACACCAGUUGUGCAUGAUAAACACUUAGUGCUGCCUCCUGGAGCCCUUGAUUUCAAUACAUAAAAUGGCUGGUUGUUAAGCUUAUAUUAAUUAUACACAUUUUUACCUUAGAAACAUGAAAAAUAAAUAUAUUUACUACA